CCUGCUCCUUCUUCCUCGGCAGACAGGAGAGACAGUCAGAACAGAACGGCACCGCAGCGCUCAGCGAGGACACGGACAUCGAGUUGCUCUCUACAGAAACUACCCUUCGCAUGGCCAGGCGGCCAAGACACAGUGUGUAUAGUAGUGAAGAAGAUGAGGAGGAUAUUGAGAUGUAUGAACACGACUACGAUGGACCGCUGGCCAAGGAAGCAAAACGCCAUCAAGGGAAAACACGCUGGACAAGAGAAGAGGAUGAGAAGUUGAAGAAGCUAGUAGAACAUCAUGGGUCCUCGGACUGGAAACUCAUCGCCAGCUUCCUACCUAACCGUACAGAUAUGCAGUGUCAGCACCGCUGGCAGAAGGUUCUCAACCCUGAACUCAUCAAAGGACCCUGGACCAAGGAGGAGGACCAGAGAGUGAUUGAACUAGUCCAGAAGUAUGGGGCCAAGCGUUGGUCCGUAAUCGCCAAGCAUCUGAAGGGUCGGAUAGGGAAGCAGUGCAGAGAGCGCUGGCACAACCACCUGAACCCAGAGGUGAAGAAGACUUCCUGGACCGAGGAAGAGGAUCAGAUCAUCUACCAGGCCCACGAGAAACUGGGCAACCGCUGGGCCGAGAUCGCCAAACUGCUGCCUGGCAGGACUGAUAAUGCCAUUAAGAACCAUUGGAACUCUACGAUGCGUAGGAAGGUGGAGCAGGAGGGUUACCUUCAGCACUCCUCCCACUCCAUCGCCCCCGGUUACGCCAAGGCCAAUCACCACAACGUGGGCUUCCAUCACCACUCCCCUCUCCCUCCCCUCUCCCUCCUCACGGGCACCUACCCUUAUAUUCCGGACCAUAGGGUUCCCUUUCCCCUAGCGCUGCACGUCAACAUCUUGAACAUUCCACAGCACGGAACAGCUGCUAUACAGAGACAUUAUAGUGAGGAGGACCCAGAGAAGGAGAAGAGGGUGAAGGAGAUUGAGCUGCUGCUGAUGUCAACAGAAAAUGAGCUGAGGGGACAGCCUGCACUACCUAUCAUUCCUUUCUCCAGCUGGGGAGGUCGUACCAGUUCAGAGAGCCGAGGUCAUCACUACCAGGCCAUCGCUCCAUGCCUCUCUAUAGAGACACACAGCAACAACAAUAACAACAACAACAACAACAACAACAACAACAACAACAGUCACCAUGACAUCCACGCCCUCUCCAACCUCCCGGAGUUCAUGGAGUCAGUCAUCGACUCGCUUUUCAACCAAUCAGACAGCCACAGCUUACCAAUGAGCUCCCAGAAACCCCUGGUGGCCACAGCUCCACCCCGACCGCAGAAAGAGAACGGCAUGUUCAGGACUCCUACUAUCCGUCGUUCCCUCCUGGAGUUGUCUCCUCGUUCUCUGACUCCGUUCAGGCCUUCCAUGGUAGAGUGUAUAAAACAGGAACCUAUGGAGUGUGUUGUCUCAGUCGGGGGCCAACAGCCAACCGGGGUCUCCCCAGACCAACAGCCAUCCUUAAAGAAGAUCAAACAAGAGGUGGAGUCUCCCUAUCUACAGUGGGAAGGACCAGACAUCCACACACAGCUAUUCUCCCCCUCCGGCCCCGCACAGGAAGUACCUGAUCUGCUGACUACUUCUGCACUGAAUGAAGACGGACACAAACCCUACCACCUCCCCCGUCGGUCUCUGGGCAGCCCACUACAGCAGCUCAACACUUGGGACCAAGUGGCUUGUGGGAAGGUGGAGGACCAAGUGGCUUGUGGGAAGGUGGAGGACAAGGUCUUGGCUUUAGAGCAUAAAUACAUCACUUCUUACUCUGCUAGGACCUUGGUCAUGUAAUAUAUACACACACACACACAGCCAGCCAGCCAGACAGACAGACAGACAGACAGACAGACAGACAGACAGACAGACAGACAGACAGACAGACAGACAGACAGACAGACAGACAG